AUGAUUUCGGACUUCAGGAAAGUCACAGCCCUCCUGCCUCCCCUCACCCUGACAGACUCCCCCAUCAUCACUGUGGACUCCUUCCGCUUCUUGGGCACCUACAUCACUCAGGAUCUCAAGUGGGAGCCGACCAUCAGCUCCCUCAUCAAGAAAGGGCGGAAGCUGAGGAAAGCCAAGCUGCCAGUCCAGAUGAUGGGCAUGCUAGGGGGCAUCUUUGAGACGUUGGAGAAUGACCCCGUCGGAGUGGAGGAACUGGCCUUCAAAUUCGCUGUCACCAAUAUUAACCGUAACCGGACACUCAUGCCAAACACCACGCUGACCUACGACAUUCAGAGGAUCAACCUGUUUGAUAGUUUUGAAGCUUCCAGGAGAGCCUGUGACCAGUUGGCACUGGGCGUAGGUGCGGUGUUUGGCCCCUCUCACAGCUCCUCAGUCAGUGCAGUCCAGUCCAUUUGUAAUGCUCUGGAGGUGCCUCACAUCCAGACACGCUGGAAGCACCCAUCUGUGGACAACAAGGACAGCUUCUACGUCAAUCUGUUCCCCGAAUAUGCCUCCAUCAGCCGCGCCGUUCUUGAUAUUGUGCAGUACUACAAGUGGAAGACUGUCACUGUGGUCUACGAGGAUGCUACGGGACUAAUUCGAUUGCAGGAGUUGAUCAAAGCUCCUUCGAGGUACAGUAUCAAGAUCAAAAUCCGACAGCUGCCCACAGGAAGUAAAGACGCUCGGCCGCUGCUCAAAGAGAUGAAGAAAGGCAAAGAGUUCUACGUCAUCUUCGACUGCUCCUACCAGACCUCAGCCGACGUGCUCAAACAGAUCCUGUCCAUGGGCAUGAUGACAGAGUAUUACCACUUCUUUUUCACUACACUGGACCUCUUUGCCCUGGACCUGGAACCGUACCGCUACAGUGGGGUGAACAUGACGGGCUUCAGGCUACUCAACAUCGACGAUCCCCAGGUGGCAUCGGUGGUGGAGCGAUGGGCCAUGGAGAGGAUGCAGGCCCCAUCCAAAAUAGAGAAUGGCAUGAUGGAGGGCAUGAUGACGACUGAAGCUGCUCUGAUGUAUGAUGCGGUGUACAUGGUAGCCACAGCCUCUCAGCGUGCCUCCCAGAUCACUGUCAGCUCACUGCAGUGCCACCGACACAAGCCAUGGCGCUUUGGAGGACGCUUCAUGAGCAUGCUCAAAGAUGCGCAGUGGAACGGUCUGACAGGACAGGUCCUCAUCAACAAAACAGACGGGCUCAGGAAGGAGUUUGACCUGGAUGUGAUCAGCCUAAAGGAGGACGGCCUGGGCAAGAUUGGAGUGUGGAAUUCCAACACUGGCCUUAAUUUGACAGAAAACAACAAAGACACUUCUACCAAUGUAACAGACUCUAUGGCCAACCGGACACUCAUCGUCACCACUAUUCUGGAAAACCCUUAUGUGAUGUAUAAGAAGUCGGACAAGCCUCUGUAUGGGAAUGACCGUUUUGAAGGCUACUGCUUGGACCUGCUCAAAGAACUGUCCAACAUCCUGGGCUUCUCCUAUGAGGUCAAACUGGUGUCCGAUGGAAAGUAUGGAGCUCAGAAUGACAAGGGCGAGUGGAACGGCAUGGUACGCGAACUCAUCGAUCAUGUGGCAGACCUUGCAGUGGCCCCCCUCACCAUCACAUAUGUGCGGGAGAAGGUGAUCGACUUCUCCAAGCCCUUCAUGACCCUGGGCAUCAGUAUCCUGUACCACAAACCCAACGGCACCAACCCGGGUGUCUUCUCCUUCCUCAACCCUCUCUCCCCCGACAUCUGGAUGUAUGUGCUGCUGGCCUGUCUGGGGGUCAGCUGUGUGCUCUUUGUCAUUGCCAGGUUCACCCCUUACGAGUGGUAUAACCCUCACCCAUGUAACCCCGACUCAGACGUGGUGGAGAACAACUUCACCCUCAUCAACAGUGUGUGGUUUGGGGUGGGAGCUCUCAUGCAGCAAGGGUCAGAGCUGAUGCCCAAAGCGCUGUCCACCAGGAUUGUCGGGGGCAUCUGGUGGUUUUUUACGCUCAUCAUCAUCUCCUCCUACACUGCUAACCUGGCAGCCUUCCUCACAGUGGAGAGGAUGGACUCACCCAUUGACUCUGCAGAUGAUCUGGCCAAACAAACCAAGAUCGAGUACGGAGCAGUGCGAGACGGAUCCACCAUGACCUUCUUUAAGAAAUCCAAGAUCUCCACAUAUGAGAAGAUGUGGGCGUUCAUGAGCAGCAGGAAGAACACAGCUCUGGUGAAGAACAACCGAGAGGGCAUCCAGCGUGUCCUCACCACAGACUAUGCCCUGCUCAUGGAGUCCACCAGCAUCGAGUACAUCAGCCAGAGGAACUGCAACCUCACCCAAAUAGGAGGCCUCAUAGACUCCAAGGGCUAUGGCGUCGGAACUCCUAUUGGCUCCCCAUACAGAGACAAGGUGACCAUUGCCAUUUUACAGCUGCAGGAGGAAGGCAAACUCCACAUGAUGAAGGAGAAGUGGUGGAGAGGGAAUGGCUGCCCAGAGGAGGAUAGCAAAGAAGCGAGCGCUUUGGGCGUGGAGAACAUCGGAGGCAUCUUCAUCGUGCUGGCUGCUGGGCUUGUGCUCUCCGUGUUUGUGGCCAUAGGAGAGUUCAUCUACAAGUCCCGGAAGAACAUCGACAUCGAGGAGGUGAGCGUGGGCCAGUGUGAAUGGCAUCACAAAUAUUAA